UUUUUUUUAUUUUAUUUUUUUUAUGUUCACCGUAGAAAUCGAAUAAUAAAAAAGAAAAAGAAGGUGCCGGCGGUGCUGUUUCGGCACACAACUUUCUCUCUCCAGCAGCGGUGGCGGCCGUUUUCCACAUAUUUGGCAUUGUGUGCGUGUUGUGUGUAGGCCGCACCCGUUUGUUGUUGAUGGCAAGUUGUUGGCUGGCUGGCUGGCUGGCCCUUUUUCAGAUCGCGCUGCCAACCUAACGUUACGUACGUACGUAGGUGAAGCUGAAAGAAAGAAAGAAAGAAAGACAGAAAGAAAGAAAGAAAGAAAGGUGAGGUAGAGAGUUGAGCCAAGGUUUUUUGUGUGUCUGUGUUAUUCACGCACGCCAGAGGGAGGCGGAGCGUUUCUUUCGUUGGGAGAAUCGGGGAAGGGGGGCGCCAGACAGCGGGACCCGACAAACGCAGGCGACCGGGACCAGGGAGAGAAACGGGAGAGACCCGCAGCGGCAGCGGUGGCGCGACGCUCAGUCAACUUGCAAGAGCUGAGAGAUGUGGAUGCAGUGCGGACGACGGGUCCCUCCACCACCACCAAAGGACUCGAUCCUUUUCGACUUGUCCAUUUCUCUCUCAUCAACGCUGACGAUAUAACAGGGAAAUUCCACCCCAAAACCAAACAAAAGUUCAAUUCACGUUCGUCCUGGUGGUGUGUGUGUGUGUUGUGUGUCUGUGGGUGUCCUGGACUUUUUAAGUUUUCGGAGGAUUAUUAAAGUUGCAUGUGAGUUUGGUUCAUUGGCUCUUGACAGUGUCGCCACCUUUACCUCCCACCCUCCAGAAAUUAAAGCGGAUAUUAUUAUUCACACCUGCUGGAGAGAAAUCCAAUCGGGGUUAGCCCUACCUCUUUGCUUCCGGCCGGAAAGAUUACAGCCGCCAAGUGGGCCGCCGCCGCCGGUUCUUUUUCUCUGAAUGAAAUUUUCGUGUGUCGCCGGAAUGACGACGACAACGACGUCUGUGAUGAUUGGGACGAUUGGAUUGGAUUUCAUUAGCGUCGUCGAGAUUAUGCAAAUUGCCGGAGCUAUUUGGAGGAGCAGAGAGUCGAACCAGCACCGGAACUUGGGACGUUGACAUCCGGGCUCUUGUGAAUGAUAAAACGCAGGGGACGUGGUGUCUGUGUGGGUGCUGGUAGCGGCAGCGGCAGCGGCAACGGCAGGAGUAGGAGACUGGGCGGAAUUUCGAUACCGGAGGGGAAAUAAUAAAUAAAUAGUCAAUCACUUUUUUCUCCCCCUCCCAAUAAUCUUCUAAUGCGAUUAAAAGCCCCUAAAGUUUCCCGUCGUUUGGUGGGUGGAACUGUGUGGUGGUGGUGCCCCGAAAAACCGGAAGUGACCCUUGAAUUAGAAAGAAAAACAAAAAGAUCCAGCGGAUCGAAUUUCACCCGUGACGGCGUUUGGGUUCUAUUGACUCGUCCCCGAUAGGAUCGCAUUUGACGGAGACAUUCGACGUGAUGGCAACAACCGAUUGGAAAUUCGGAUGAGAGCCGGAAGCAAAAAGAAAAAGCGGAAGAGAAGAAGAAGAAGACGAAGAAGAAGAAGAAGAAAUUUGUUGAAAGCGAAUUUUGUUUAAAUUUAUUUCGGCCAGUGUUGUGUGUCUGACGUGUGUGUGUGGGUGUGUGUGUGUGUGGAGUGAAGGAGAAGAAGAAGAAGCGGAGAUGGUCCGACUUUUUCUCAUACCUGGUUGUUGCCGUGGUCGUUUAUUGGUUCCCGAUGGAAAUGGGCCGCCACCGUAUUGGCCGUUUGAUACUUGAACGAUCGACGUCGUCAGGUCAGCGGCGUCAGUGGCUCCUUUGAGAUUCGCUCUCGCCCCCGCCAGAAAAAUACAAAAAGAAAAAACGAAAUUUUGUCCGUUGGUGCGUGUGAAAUAUGACGACGCAAGAUUGGACUAGAAUGUUGAAAAGCUUCCGCACCAAAACGUACCGCAAUCUCCCCACGACGGUUGACGACCACCACAAGGCCGGAUCGGCCGGAUCUCCUUUGAAUGACACCCGAUCGUCGUCGGUUGGAUUGUGCCAUCACGACGGUGGCGGCCAAGACGCUGACGACGGCCACUGUCGUUUAGGUCCUCCAGCAGACCUCAGCAAAACAACAACCUCCUCGAACCCCAUCAAGAAAGGGACGCUGUUGUUGCCGACGGACUGGACGUACAGGCAGGUGGUAGGCGGGAAGACUACGACGAGUCAAACUCGGCCAACGAUUGGCUGCGGAGGGAAAAGUGGCGGCUGCAGCAGCAGCAGAGGACAAGAGGCGGAAGAGGAGGAAGACAAGCCGCUAGCUGUGAGAGGUCGCAGCGCCUCUGAGCCGUCGUUCCUUUCGGCCAGCCGAGCCGUUAAAGUCCUCCGCGUUGCUUCGCCCGCCAACAGCCCAUCGUCAUACACACCACCAGCCGUCAAAGAGAUCAGCAGCAUUACGGGGCUGCAACAGCAAAUCAAGGCGGCCUUUGGCCGUUGGCGAAAAAGAGGAACUCCAUCGUCGCCGUCUUCUUCAUCCGCAUUCGAGGAGGAGGUGGGCAGUGGCGGUGGUCCCAUCCGCGAGGACUGCUUCGACCAUCCGCUCAACGUCCGGCUCUCGGCCCAGAGUCAGACUUUUUCGCAUCCGCAUCGGCUGACCGUUUUCCCGCCUUUCCCUUCCGGAAGCGGAGCCUCACCCUCCUCCUCCUCCGCCAACGUUUCCCCGGCUAGAACCAACAAAUCAUCCGCCUUUACCACCUCCUCCUCCGCCUCCCCUUCCAACCCCACCGGCAGCGGUGGCAGCAGUUCCAAAUCCAGCGGAGGCAGCCACCCCUUUUCCUUCGUGCGCGGAUUACGCAAGAGGCGCGCAGGCAGGGAAGGCUCCGAGUCGACAUCCCAUCAACAGCACCGCAACCUGUCGGAUCUCUGCUCGGAUCGCAUCCGAUCGCGCACGGCCGGCGACAGCGGCUGGCCCAAUUGCUCCAGCCGUUUGGGAGGCGGACAGGAUCAUUUCGGAUCCUUUGGACCCUUGACGUCCAAAUCCAGGAGCGAUCACAGUUUGCACCGCAUCCUCAAAGAAGACAAUACCUGGACCGUUUUCGCCACCCUCCGGCCGCCUUCCGAUAAAGGAGGUUCGUUAUCCAAAGGUUCGACGGCCUGGACGUUUGGACUUUUUAGCGACUCUCCGUCUCAUUCGACGUCGUCGCACCAGCAGCGACGCCAGGCGUCGUCGUCGUCUUCGGUCGCCAAAUCCAGCAAGAGCAAAGCGGCUUCCGUUGCUCCGUCGCCGGAACUGCUCCACCGUUCCUUCACCCCUUCCUGCUUCCCUCCCGGCCAUCCGCUCGGCCUCCACCUUCCGUCUUCUACCGGCGGCGGAUUUUUCGGCCGCAACGAGAGGAGGACCCGGUCGCUCGAGCGGUGCUCGCAGCAGCGCGUCAGGAGCUCAGGCGCUCCUGGACUCUCGUCUAAUUCAGGUGGUGCUGGAAGCGGCGGCUACGGUUCGUCGACUGCUCCGGCCAAACCCCCGCCACCCAUCCCGUCUCGGGUCCGCUCACGUUCACUCGAGAAGAACUACCAAAUCUCGACAACCACGCCCCACGUCCAGAGGCAGAGCGCAACAACAACCACCGGCCCAGCAACAACAGCAACAACUGUGACCAACAACUCGGCGACAAGUGGUGGUUCGGCGCCGGCUGCCAACAACUCUACUCCGCUCCUGCCCAUCCGGCGGAACAACGUUCCCCCGGAAGUCUUGGCCACUUGGUGCACCUUCAACGAAGCCUUUGGAGGCGGACGGCCCAAGCAGCAGCAGCAGCACCGCAUUCCGGCCGAGCCUUUGACGGUCAGCGACGAACGUGAUUCGCCCGGCUCGCCCGUCUUUGAGGAACUUUUCCUUCCGCCGCCGCAGAAAUUCGCGGCCGCCCCUCAUCCGCCCAUCGCCAACCCGACGGUGGCCGAGCUCAUCAACAACAACAACAACAAGCGCAACAGCGUGGGAGCGGGUAGUUGUUGCUGUUGCAGCAGUUGCAGCGGCGGCCACAGCAGCGCCGGCGUCAGUUGCAGCUCGAAAUCGACGCCCAGGUCGUCGCCCGUCCCGCCACCACCGCCGUACCUGCCCGAGACGGUCCUGUACGGGACGCGUGAGGCGCCCGUCUUGGAGCGUCACUGCGUCGAAGGCGGCGAGUUCAUUAUCGCCUGGCUCUCGCAUUCCAACGGCUCGUCCAGCCACAGCAGCAGCAGCGCAUCGGCCGGCCAUCACCGAGUCGGAGCCGCCGCCCUUGUGCCCCCUCCGGCCCUACCUGUCCCUUUGCAUCCGGCGGCAGCUGCCGGCAACAACGAAAUGCAAUCGUCAACUUCGUCUGCCAACUCGGCGGGAGCUGCGACCGCCGGCAAUCAGGGCAGCCUGGCCGCCGCUGGCGGAAGCAACAACAGCAGCAACCGGAGUUUCAUCAACAAACCGGCGCGCGGAUGGCUCCAUUCUGACGUUGUGAUUGUCCGCGAGGGGAUUACCUACUUUGUCCGAUAUAUCGGAUGCCUGGAAGUCAACACGUCCAUGAAGAGCCUGGAUUUCGACACUCGCUCACAAAUUGCCAAGGAAUGCAUCAACAUUGUUUGCGAAACAGCCGGACUCAAAACGGUCGACAAAAAGCGGAAGGUCGACCGGCGAAUCCAGCGGAUCCUGGGAGACGCCCCUCACAUGGAACACGCUGGCAGCGACGUUGCCUUGACCAUCAGCAGCGGAUGUUUGAGGAUCAGCACGCUGGAGGGAAGCACAGUCGUCGCUUGUCACGACAUGCCCAACAUUUCCUUCGCUUCCGGCGGAGAUCCCGAUACCCUGGAUUUCGUCGCCUACGUGGCCAAAGACAAUGUGCACGGCCGAGCUUGUUACGUUCUCGAAUGCGGAGGUGGAUUGGCGCAGGACGUCAUUACAACCAUCGGUCAAGCGUUCGAACUGCGUUUCAAGGAAUACCUGAAGCGGACGCCGCGUCCAGCCACCGCUGAGUCCGUUCUCGACGGACGCGAUCUUGUCGCUGUUGGACACGUCACCGCCACCGGAGUUGCUGCCGCUGCUGCUCCUCCUCCCUGGUCACCGGACGACCCCGAGUAUUACAACGAUUUGCCCGGUAAAGUACCACCGGAUGUGGGGCCACCGCCAGUUCCGCCACUUCCCAAUUACCAGGCGCCGUUGGGAGGAGGACCUGUCGUCGUGGCGUCAUCUUCCGCUGGAUCCAGCGCAACGGCAGGAUCGUUGAAGAAGACUCACCAAGCCAACGAUCGUCAAGCACGUCACACGGUUGACCUUUCCGACAACUUGAUCGAUUUGAAUGCCGACGUGUCGUCAAUGGGCGGCGGCGGCCGGCUGGAGAGUACCGCCGCCGCCGCCGGAUCAAAUGGCGGUGGUGGCGCUGCUGCUGCCGCUACGUCGUCGGUGGCGUCGUCUCUGUCGGCUUUCCCUGAUCACGAAUACGUCAACGGGAUCAUGGGAUCGAGCAGCGAUUUCAAAAACGCGCCCGUCAGCAAAGAUCCAUUCGAUAUGCAUCCGUUCUCGGCCGCCCUGCCCUCGCCACUGCCGUCGGCUCUGCUGGCGCCCAAUGCGGCGGCUUUGGCCGCCGCCGCUUCCGGACGCGGCCCCGUUGUCACCCUCCAGCGAGGAGGAACCAAAGCCGGAAAAGUCCGCGUAAGCCCACUCGAGGCUCAAUUGCUCCAGGAGAUUUGGUUCCACGGGCCCAUCAGUCGCAAAGAAGCCGAGGAUCUUUUGAAACAAGACGGAGAUUUCUUGGUUCGCGAGUCGCAGGGCUCUCAGGGCCAGUACGUGCUGACGGGAAUGCAAUCCGGUCACCACAAGCAUUUGCUCUUGGUCGAUCCCGAAGGCGUUGUCCGCACUAAAGACAGGACGUUUGAGAGCGUGAGCCAUUUGAUCAACUUCCACCGGAAUAACGUCCUGCCCAUCAUUUCGGCCGAGAGUGUUUUACUACUCAAGAGACCCGUUGCGCGUUCGCAUCACUCGUGAAAAAUGGACGUUCUUUCUUUUGUUGUCGCCACCAACCUCAUCCAAUCAUUCGUUUCUUUUUUUCUUCUUCCGCUUUCAACUUAAUUCCAGCACACACACGAGUCCCGUCGUCGUGUGCCCAGCAACAUCUAAUUUCUCCCGAGCAGACGUCAAAUCGUCUCUGCUCCGAGUAGAAAGUCGAGAAAGACAAACAUAUCUAUCGACGCCAAUCUGCGUCCAGCCUCCCACAUUUUUUGAAUUUCGCCAGCUGAAUUGUUUCGAGCAACACACUAAAACGAGAAGAAUUGUUUCACCAUUUUUACCUUACUGUCCUCACUAUAUUUGCCCCCCCCCCCCCACUUCCUUUUUUAUUAAAUUAAAUGUAUAAACAAUACCAAAUCCCGGGUGGAUGGAAAGCCAACCCAAAGAAAUGAGAGAGAGGGGCCAUCACACGCACGUGCUUAAUAACCGCGUAUGGGUUGGAUUGCUCACGUCCCUUUUUUCGUUUGUCUUUUUUCUCCCCCGCUUUAUUAAAGCUGCUUACACCACUGCUGCUGCUGCUGCUAUCAUCGAAGAUAAUGACGUCAUCAUUCACCGGAAUGAUGGUGGGGGGGGGGGGGGGGGGUUCUCCGUUGUCGGCACUUCCGACACGCCUGCGCAAAAGUUAGCCCCUCUCUUUUUCUGCGCCGAUUCUGGCAAAUUUACUUUUUCUUGAUUGUAGAUCGACUGGCAUCAAAAGUGGGUGAAAAACUACAACUAAACUCGAAAAAUUGGAAAUGUGUGUAUUUCAUCAUCAUCGCUGGCGAGAAAGAAAAGAAAAGUUGCCCCUGUCCUCCCCCGCACGACUGAAGAAAAAAAAUUGUGAAUAAUUUUGUUGUUGUUGUUAUAUUGACCACCUUUUUUUCUCGACUGUGAAUUCACGACGCGUCAAGGCGUCGUCGUCACCUUUGGCUGCGUUUUAUGGGGACCGUGGGACGUGUUUUCUUUCUCUCUUUUGUAUUUUUCGCCCCGGAAGGGAGGUGGGCCCUCUUCCCACGCAAUCAAAUAGUGUGUCACGUUGUAGAAUUGUUGUUGCGUCGGUCGAAGCUGGUGCUCCUUGCACGCUGCUACAUUUCUCUCCUGUCCCCCCCCCCCCCCAUCUCACCUCCGUUUCACAGCAAACGUCACGACCGCCGGUCUGUAUCACUUUUGAAAAUGUUGGGAAUAUUUUGUUGUGGCUGUCACCUCCAGAUUAUUAUCAUCUGUCUUUUCAACUCUCGCCCUCCUCCACCCUAUACAUAUUAUAUAUAUAUAUUGCAUAUUAUAUCCAACUGAAAAACAAACAAAACAGAUAUUCGUACGUGUAGGACUCACAAUAACAUGUUUACCAAUAUGGGAUGGGGCGGAGAGGAGUAAAUCGCAAGUCGCUCGUGUCUAAAUGAAAGAAAAGAAAACGAAAAGAAGGUUCUAUGAAAUUGUGGAUGGCCUCACUACUCCUUCUCUAUAUCUCUCUUGUACCGCGCAAUCACUUGUCACACAUUUUCUUGAUGGAAUUGUUCACGAAUAUUCUUGCAUAUUAUAUAUAUACAAAACAUGAACUCCCCACACACAAAACACACUUUGAGAAAUCAUAUCCUUUGUGCGUGUCCUCCUGCGACUCGUCGAUCGAUGCUACCCCGGUCGGCGACCAGGAUUUUUCUGAAACAAAUAACGUACCUUGUACUGUUUUAUAUUUGCCUUAUGUCUUACCCAUUGCUUUCCACACGCAUACAGAUAUAUCUUAUAUUUAAAAUAAUGAAAUUCGAGACGACGACGGGGGCAAAAAAAACCCUCCUCACGUCGUCUGGUUUAUUGUAUAAUGCCCAGGCUCGAAGAUGGAUUCUACAUGUAGAUCUAAUCUCUUUUUUUGUGUACGAUACGGAAAAUAACCAUUUUCCUCCCUCGCGUUCCAUUGUUUUGUUUGUUUUUUUCUUUUCCACGACUAAGCUGGAGGGGGAAAACCAAUAAAAGGAUUCGAGAAACAAAAAUAUGUGUCUUAACUUUG